CAGUGUUUUCUUCGUCCUCGUCCCUUUGGUUUUUAUUUCAGACAUGGAUCCAAAAAUGCAGCUAGAAAUUGUGGGAUUAGUUAAAGACCAUAGUUUUCACAUCGCCAAGAGUAUAGCAGAGGGUCUCAAACAAAAGUUUCCUGAAGUAUUUCUGGAUCCAAAGACUCAACCACUACUUGAAUUUGAUUGGCAUGACUUUCUGUGCAGCAAGAAAACGGAGCUGUGUGGUGAAGUGUGGCAGUACUCCAGCGGCCUGAUGUGCUUUCUCAACGGCCUUCUCCUGGGUGAUGAGAAGAGUCUCAUCAACUGGUCCAGGGAUCGCUGGAGUUUCACUUUCAAUCAGCCGCAGGAUGUUUACGCAGCUCUCGCUAAGGACUACUACACCAAACAACUUAAGAAUACUGGGCACCGGUUCGUCUUCAUGGACAUGGAGAUAGAAGGAGAUGCAGUAGGGAGGUUAUUGUUUGAGCUUUUUUCAGAUAUUUGUCCAAAGACAUCAAUGAACUUUGAAGCUCUGUGCACAGGGGAGCGAGGCCUGUCUCAGAGCGGCUUCCCACUUUGCUACAAAGGCUCUCUGUUCCAUCGUGUGGUGCCCAACGGAUGGGUACAAGGAGGGGAUAUUUCUUCAGAGGGGAAAGGAAAUGGAGGGGAGUCGAUCUAUGGUCCAACUUUUGAAGAUGAGAGCUUUGCUGUGUGCCACUCUAAACGGGGAACUCUGGGAAUGGCCAAUAAGGGCCCCCACAGCAACGGAUCCCAGUUCUACAUCACCCUGCAGCCAACACCCUGGAUGGACAGGACCUACGUUGCCUUUGGUCAGGCGGUUGAGGGUGUGGAAGUCCUCCGGAGAUUAGAAGAAACUCUGACCUGCAACGAAAGACCAAAGUAUGAAUGUAAAGUUAUAAAUUGUGGCGUGUUAAAGUAUUAGCGCCAAGUUUAUUUUCAUUCUAUUGACUCUCACGAGGUAAAAUAAACAGAAU